CCCUAGCACCAUUUGUCAUAUCUUCCACUGCGCGUCUAUAUAUCCCACGCAAAACCCUAAUUUCCAUAUCCAAGACCAAAAUGUCGAAGCGAGGGCGCGGAGGAUCGGCGGGAAACAAGUUCCGUAUGUCGCUUGGCUUGCCAGUGGCUGCGACGGUUAACUGCGCCGAUAACACUGGGGCAAAGAACCUCUACAUCAUCUCCGUCAAGGGCAUCAAGGGCCGCCUCAACCGUCUGCCGUCUGCUUGCGUGGGUGAUAUGGUGAUGGCUACCGUUAAGAAGGGAAAGCCUGAUCUUCGGAAGAAGGUCAUGCCUGCUGUCAUCGUACGUCAACGAAAGCCAUGGCGUAGAAAGGACGGCGUUUAUAUGUAUUUUGAAGAUAAUGCCGGUGUAAUAGUCAACCCGAAAGGUGAAAUGAAAGGGUCUGCAAUUACUGGUCCAAUUGGGAAAGAAUGCGCUGAUUUAUGGCCAAGGAUUGCCAGUGCAGCUAAUGCCAUUGUCUGAAUGGCUGAACCGCAUAAAUGUAAAAUUUUAAACUUGCAAUUUAGCAGAUUUUAGUUAAAGUACUAUCAGUUGGUUGAAGGUUCUAAAUUUUGUAUUUGUUAUACCUCUGGCUCUUAGUUGUAGAAGAAAUCUAAUUUAUUUUUGUA